AUGACGGCAGCCACUCAUCCUUAUAGACAAAACUUGGGUAUUUCAUCUCAAGACCAUCUGACGGUUGGCCUUGGUGAAGGAUCUUCGAGACCUGAGAUGCAUGGCCAUUCUUCAUCAUUCUUGAGCUUAUCGCAGCGACAAAAUGGAAGAUCAGAACCUUUGGAGGGUGUUGCAAAUGAAUCUUCGCCAGCUAGUCAACGCCAGCUCGAACAACCAGGAUCCUCAACGCUGUCGACCGCAGAUUCAGCCGGCCACACGCCAAACUCUUCGCGUUCGGCAAUUCGCGAUUCGAUGAAUCCUAGUGAUACGCCUAACUCUACCGCUAGCAAAAGGAGGUCUAGAUCGCUCGACCUUUCACAUCUUUACCUUCUUAAUAACAAGGAUACCCAGUUUACGGCGACCAACGAGUCUGUGGCUGACUUGUCGCACCAAAUGAUCAGCCAGUGUCUUGGAGAUACUGGUAACGCAUCUCUCGUACCACGUUUGAAGACUAUAGAAAUGUACAAGCAGAAUGUGAAAAAGUCCAAAGAUCCUAACGUAUUGUUUCAAUACGCGCAAUAUAUGCUGCAAACAGCGCUAACGAUCGAAGAUGAUGAUCAAACAGCAGUCAACAAAACCGCUUCGUCAUUAUCCGUUUAUAAAGGGGACUCUUCUGUUUCUAAACAAGAAUUGAAGAGACAAUUUUUGAAAGAAGCACAGCACUAUUUAAAGAGGUUAAGCGUAAAAGGAUAUGCAGAUGCUCAAUAUCUUCUUGCAGAUGCUUACUCUUCGGGUGCUUUUGGGAAAGUUAAUAAUAAGGAUGCAUUUGUCUUAUUUCAAUCAGCCGCCAAACAUGGGCAUAUUGAAAGUGCUUAUAGGACGGCGUUUUGUUUCGAAGAAGGACUGGGGACCACUAGAGAUUCCCGUAAAGCCGUUGAAUUUCUUAAAUUCGCUGCGAGCAGAAAUCAUUCUUCUGCAAUGUUUAAACUAGGAGUUUAUUCCUUUUAUGGGCGCAUGGGUCUCCCUCAUGACACUAAUACCAAGCAGAAUGGUAUCAAGUGGUUGUCCCGUGCAGCUGCUAAAGCUAAUGAGUUAACAUGUGCUGCUCCCUAUGAACUUGCUAAGAUAUACCAGCAUGGGUUUUCAGAUAUAAUUAUCCCAGAUCAAAAAUAUGCUAUGGAAUUAUACAUUCAAGCUUCAUCUCUUGGUCAUGCGCCUUCUGCUACAAUAUUGGGUAAAAUCUAUGAGGCUGGGAAUGAUGUCGUUCCUCAAGAUACAAGUCUGAGCGUGCAUUAUUAUACUCAAGGAGCUCUUCACGGUGAUCCUGAAGCCAUGCUAGGCCUUUGUGCCUGGUAUUUAGUCGGAGCAGAACCUGCUUUUGAAAAGGAUGAGAAGGAAGCCUUCCAGUGGGCCUUGCGGGCGGCUAAGCAAGGCCUGCCAAAAGCUCAAUUCACGGUGGGAUACUUCUACGAAAAAGGAAAGGGUUGUCAAGCAAGUAAAGAAAACGCACAGAAGUACUAUGAGCUUGCAGCUGAUAACAAGGACGUUCGAGCAAUCCAGAAAUUGCGGCCAGAGGGCAAAUCUCACAAGAAAAAUAAGAGCGUGUCAACCAUGAAUUUGUUCUCUACUUCAUCAAUAAACCUUCUUAGGGAACCAGAGAACUUUUCAGAGACACAAGUUCCCAGUUCUCUUCUGGCUGACGACUCUGUGGGUGACGAUCCUGCUAACUCUUUUUUGGAUCCAAACCUGCAAACCCCCCAAACGACUCACUCUAGAGCCAUAGUGGACGUCGAUCUCGAUACUUCGAAAAGUCCCCCGCAAAAUAGAGAUGCUGGCACUUCUUCACAAAUGACACAACCAGUCCUAAAUCUUUUACCAACUUCAGAGGAGGAAAGGGAAAGUUCGCCAAAGUUCAAGAACAAAUUUUCAUUACUAAACAGUAGGAAAACUAGCAAGGGUUCGAGCAUCGAAGAGACAAAAAAUUCCAAAAAAAAGCGCAAAGACUGUGUCAUUAUGUGA